AUGGAUAAUGUAAAUAAUAAAUUAAAUACUGUAUUGGGACUAUUUAUGAACAUAAUUAGUUUAAACAACCGACGCAAGUUGAUUGCAAAGCGUUUGGAAAGUAAAUAUCCACAGCGCAGAAUGUUAUGCCAGGGUGGAUAUUCUUCCAAAAUAUUUAAGUUAGUUAUGCAAAAAGAUAAUGCGACUGUACGAAAAUAUUUAAGGCUUACAGUAACUGCAUUAGAGAGUGUAUUUAAUUAUUCUAAACAGUUUCUAAAAACUGAGAAGGGCUGGAGCUGCUAUUUCAAUAUUACUGUGUUUCUGUAUUGGCUUGGCUGUGGAGCAAGCUACCGAGUAACAGGAGCUUCAUUUGAAAUAUCCAGAUACACGGUGCGAGAUAUUGUACAUAAAUGCUUAAAAGGUUUCCUUACAUUUAAAUCUUCUGUUAUCAAAUAUCCAAUGGAAAGUGAGUUUCCCGAAAUUUCAAGACAAUUCAAUCAACUAGCUGGUAGUACAAUUUUCGAUCGUGCAUUAGGUGUAAUAGAUGGAACACAUAUACCUAUAGCUGUGCCUACACGACUUCGGGACGAAUAUAUGAACCGAAAGUCUUUUACAUCUCUUAAUUUGCAAGCUGUGUGUUCUAGUACAAAUAAAUUUUUAUCUAUUUGCGUUGGUUUCCCAGGGUCUAUGCCUGAUGAAGCGGUUUUAUAUAACAGUGAGUUAUUCAAUACACAUAGUUUUCCACCUGCAGGUUACUACCUAUUAGGUGAUAAUGCGUAUUCUUGUCGAGCUAGUCCAAUAGGCAUUUUGACACCAUAUAAAAGAUUGCAACCGUUAACAGCAAGACAAAAAAAAUUUAACGAGCUCCACAGCAAGGCCCGUUCCAUUAUUGAAAAUACAUUUGGCAGACGUGCAGAAGUCGAACGAAAAAUGUCUGAUUUAACUAAAAACGAAACAUGA